AAUAAUCAUGGACGGUCCUCGACCUUUGCACUAAGCUUCCCUAAACCCCCUCACCUUUCAAAAACUUCACUAAACCCCCUGACCUUUAUGGCGGCGCCAUUCACGGCCCUUCUGAAAAAAAAAACACAAAAUCGCGGCGCCGCCAACGAUUUAAUCGUUUGCAUGCGUUUUCCUCGCCACCUGUCGACCCACGUGACCUGUCCUCUGUCAGUUGCAACAGUCCCUCUCUCUGACAUGCCGGUUGACUUUUCAAAUUUUAAAAUAAAAAAAAAAUUAACCGCUCGGUAACUUUUAUCUCUCUUUCAUCUUCUUUCUGACAUACUCUUUCAUCCUUCUCUUCUCUUCCCUUUUUUCUUCUGAAACUCAUUCUCUUCCCUUUUUUCUUCUGAAACUCUCAUUUUCACACCGCCAUUGUCUCGUCGAUUGCCUGUUCAUCUUCCGUGCUUUCUGUGUUUUUGCAUUGUGAAGAAGAAAAAAUAACGAAGGAACAAAACAUAAAUUUAGAGUUUUUAUAGUGAAAGAAUUACAAAAAUGAGAAAGAAAGGAAAAGGAAAAUCAAAGGAAAGAGAACGAACGGGACCACCUGGAACUGCUGGAUGGGGUUUAAUGGAUGAGAGCGAUAGUGACGAAGUGGUGGAAGUGUCACCAGGUUUUGAAUUUUUUCAAAUCAACCUUCACAUUAAUGGGUCAUUGGGGGAAUGGGGUUACCAUGAUGGGGAAGUGUCCACCGGCGUUUAUUCUGUGUCUGGUAUGACUAUGAAGAAAUUAGAUAGAUGGAUGAAAAGAGAAAAAGUUGAGGGCUUAGUUGAUUAUUACUGGAAAGAAAAAGACAAGGAAUUUCAUGAUUGGAUUAGACCGAUAAAUCACGACGAUGAUGCUAUGGAAAUGGCAAGUGCUGGGAAGAGGGACGGAGAAGUGGAUGUCUAUGUUAGGAAACUGACCGUUAAAGACAUUGAGGCUUUAGUCCCUCCGCCCCCCUCGCCCCCACAUGUUGUAAUUGAGGAGAUACCAAAUCCCAAAGAUUUAGCUUAUGUGUAUCCCACUCCCGUGAAAAAAGUAAGGGGUAAACCAUUGGCUACCAAGGCUGGUGGGAGUAAACCACUGGGUACCAAGGCUGUUGGUGAAGGUCCUUCAGAAAGUGGGGGGUCAUGGAUGAGUCCAUAUGUAAGUGAAUAUGUAAGUGAAGGGGCUUCUAUGGUCCAGGGAAAUACGCAGGCUCAGGGGAAUGAAGGGGCAGAUUUUUUGGGACAAACUGACACUGGGAAUGAUGAGGUUGCUGGUGAGCGGGCAAAUGAAGAGGCAAGCGUUCAGAUGACUGAUGAAGAUUGCCAUGAUAAGGGGGAUGGGGCUGCUGAAGAUUGCCAACUUAUUGGAGCUGAGGCUGGGGCUGUGGAUGGGGCUGAAGCUGAUGCUGGGGCUAUGGAUGGGGCUGAGGCUGAGGCUAUGGAUGGGGCUGAGGCUGAGGAUAUGGAUGUGGCUAUGGAUUUGGCUGAGGCUGAGGCUGGGGCUGCUGAAGAUUGGCAAGUGAAUGGGGUUGAGGCUGGGGCUAGUGAACAGCAUGGGCCACAAGAGGAAGAAGUUCCAAUUCAGGGGCCACAUGAGGAAGCUCAGGAUUUGGGGGCUGACGAUGGGCCGCACAUGGAUGAGGUUGAGGGGCUGCAUGAUAAGGGUCCUACUCAACAAACUCAAGAUGUGGACUUCGACAAUUUCUUCCAGACCCAACAUCAGCCCCCUUUUGAGGGUUUAUUUGAGGACCAGAACAGGGAAAUACCGCAAAGGCAAAGUGAAGACCAGCCACCGAUGCCCACUGAAGAAGAGCUUCAUCAUUCACAUGAAUGGGUUGAAGUUGAAGAUUGGGAUGAUGAUCUAGAUGAGUACAUUGUGGAUCCUGAUUAUGACAUCUUGGAUGGUGAUGAAGAUUUGACUACCGAGUUGAGGUCAAACGGUCAGUUGCCUGAAGAGAAUGAAGAGAAUGAACAGGAUGAAGAGAACGAAGAGAAUAUUGGUGCUUCGCAGAACAGGGCUGGUGGGAGACCCAAAGGUAAAGCCCAAUUUGAGUCUGGUGGUGUUGACAGAACAAUUCACCAGGACACUGUGGGUGGUGAUUCAGAGUACGUAGAGUCUGAUGGAAAUAGAUCUAUUUCAGAUUCAGAAGAAGAGGGGGGGGAGGAUUUUAAUGUGUUUGAUGAAGACCACGACCAUGAGGGUCCAACUUUCUCUAUUGGAAUGUUGUUCACUGACAGGGAGCAGUUUAAGAAGGCCUGCCGUGAGUGGGGGAUACACCACAGGUACCAACUGCACUUCCCUGUAAAUGAGAUAACAAGGGUGAGGGCAAAGUGCUACUCAAAGAGCAAAUGUAAGUUCUACGUGUUUGCCUCAAAGCUGCACCUCAAAGAUCCCAAUGACAACACAUUCCGAGUGAAGACCCUUGAUCUGCGCCAUACAUGUCCUAAAGUGAGCAAAAACUUCCACCUGACUAGUGCAGUCCUCGCCGACAAGUACUUAGAAGAAUUUAGAAACGAUCCUGAAUAUAAGUCUGAAGUGUUUGUGAAGAAGAUUCAGACGGACCUAAAACAAUCAAUAAGCAUUCAGCAGGCAAGAAGAGCAAGAAGGGCAGCAUUGGACAAAUUGGAGGGUGAUGAAGACCGGCAAUAUGAGAAGCUGUAUGACUAUAAGAGGGAGGUUUUGAGAACCAACCCAGGCAGCACGGUGGAGUUUAAAGAAGCAAGGGGGAAGUUCCAGGGAAUGUAUGUAUGUUUUGAUGGGUUGAAGCAGGCCUUCGUGAAUGGGAUGAGACAGAUUGUCUGUCUGGAUGGGUGCUGGUUGAAGGGUAAAUACGGUGGUCAACUUCUUUCUGCAACAGGGAUUGAUCCAAACGACUGUAUGUACCCCUUAGCAUAUGCCUGGGUUAAAACGGAGAACACGGAGACCUGGAUGUGGUUUAUUGGGCUACUAUCAGUUGAUCUGCACCUUACGAAUGCCGCUGUUUUCAUGUCCGAUAAACAAAAGGGUUUGUUGAAUGCUGUGAAGGAGUUGUUCCCAUAUUCAGAGCAUCGAUUUUGCUGGAGGCAUUUGUGGGCCAAUUUCAGGAGCACAUUUCACACGCAACACAUGAAGCCCUUCAUCUGGAACAUUGGAACAGCAACAUACAAAGCAGCCAUGGAUAGAGCAAUGAAAGCUCUGGAAGACAAACAUGACGCUGGCUACAAAUGGAUCAAAGAGAGGGACAGGAAACACUGGUGUAGAGCGCUGUUCAAAGAGGAAGUUAAGUGUGAUAUCCUCCUAAACAACCUGGCUGAAGCAUUCAACAAGUACAUACUUGCUGCAAGAGAGAAGCCAGUGUUGACAAUGUUCGAAAUGAUAAGGACGCAGCUUAUGAAGAGGAUUAAUGACAAGCAGAAGUUUGGGGGAAACAUGGAGGGUGAGCUGUGCCCAAAGAUCAGAAAGAAGCUUGCUAAAAUCAUUGAUUAUGGUUGGAAGUUCACCGCAGAUCCUGGUGGUAGCCCUCAGUGGCAGGUAGAGGGCCCAGGGGGCCAGUUCGUGGUUGAUUUGGCUAACAGAACAUGCACAUGUCGAAGGUGGCAGCUUAGUGGAAUCCCAUGUUCGCACGCUACACCAUGCAUAUAUGGAAAUAAUCAACGGCCUGAAGAGUUUGUGGAUGAUUGCUACAGUGUAGCUACGUAUCAGAGGGUAUACAGCUAUGUAAUCAACCCUAUGAAUGGGCCAGACAUGUGGGAAACAGACCCUGAGCCGGCUAAUAUCAUACUCCCACCAUCCCCAGUACAUAAGAAGAAGAGGGGCAGAAUACCAACGGCCAGGAAAAAAGAGGCGGAGGAACUAGAGAAACAAAGGGUUGAAAAAGCCAAGGAAGCCGCUGCAGGUAGGGAAAAGUUGCCAAGGAAAGGAAAUAUGAGAAUGACGUGCAGUUUAUGUGGUCAAUAUGGACACAAUAAGAGGGGUUGCCUAAAGAGGAGUGGGGGUCAGUCAACUCAUGAGGUUGGUGGUCCGUCAGCUGAAAGAGUGCCUGGUGGUCAGUCUGUUGAAAGAGAGCCUGGUGGUCAGUCUGCUGAACGAGAACCUGUGCUUCAUGACUCUCCAGUCACCCUCCGCUGGAUGAUGGAUGGUACAAGUCAAGUCGUUCAUAGGUCACCGAGUAGACGUGACACCUUUCCAUUUGUGGAUCAAGCAGUUCCGGCGGAACCUCCGCUUGCUGACCAAGGCCAACCAGACCAGAACCACCCAGGUGAUGCAGAAGAGAAUGCCUUCAACAGCCAACGGAGCAGUGUUGACGAUGGAGCUCCGUCCCAACCUAUCCCGACGCAAGCUGAAAAAGGAAAAGGGAAGCGGAGAGCUAAAGAUGUUCCCUCUAGAUACAUGAACAUCCUGAGGAAGAGAUCCAAAAAAAUGUAGUGCUGGAACAUGGAUUAGUGGUAGUUAUUUUGCUAAUUAUUAUUGUGGUGCACAUAGGCAGUAUUUUGAACCAUGCUUUUGAUUGUUUUGAGCCACAAUGUUGUGGUUGUUUUAGGAAUGGAAUGUUAUGAAACUUAGGAAUGUUAUGUAAUUAAUUCUUGAAUCAGUGUACAGACAUGAAAAUUCUUAAUAUAAAAGUACUCUACUAAA